AAGUGACGUAUCGCAAUGAAGAACGAAGGGAGGGUAUAUUUAGGACCGCCCACGAAAACUUAACUUACUAAAACGAUGUUUCGUAUUGAUGUUAACAGACGUUACUAAUUUAAAACUUUUAAAAGUGAUUUCAUCUCCCCGAUUGUCAGUCUUCACAUAGCGGCGAGAUUGCUGGUUUUUAAUAAGAAAAAUCUCUUUAAAUUUCGAGUAUGGAGGAUUUGAGUUUCAUACCCGAUCUUCCCAGCGGACCUCUGGAUGUAUACAGAAAAAAGGCAUCAUUCGAUUGGAAACGCCUUAAAUUAGCUAUGGAAGGAGACAUCGAUCUAUUAAGACUGAAGUACAAAAUAUGGCACACACUGGAGAAGGAUCCGUUAUUCGCACACAAGUCUGUGACGCCCAGCGUCGAGGAACAGAAAAGGAUAGCACAAUUGCAGUUAAACAAAAUAAAUGAAUACAAUUUUAUACCUAAGGAUUCACUCAAAGUUGGAUACAGCAAAAGGACGCGGGCAGUUAUGACGCUAAACGAAGCCAUCCAGUCGCUAAACCCUAGCGUAUCAGUCAAGAUGGCCAUAGGAAUGUACCUGUUCUCAAAUGCCAUUCUUUCAUUAGGAACGGAGAGACAUCUCAAGUUUUACGAAGCGGUCUUCUUUAACAGAGAAAUCCUUGCAAGCUACGCCCUGACUGAGAUAGCGCACGGGUCCGACGCGCGGCUGAUGCGCACCACCGCCACAUACGACCCGAUCCAGAAGCAGUUCAUCAUCAACACCCCCGACUUCGAGGCGGCUAAAUGCUGGGUCGGUAAUCUAGGCAGGACGUGCACGCACACGCUGCUGUUCGCGCAGCUGAUCACGCCGGACGGCGCCGGCCACGGCCUGCACGCCUUCCUGGUGCCGAUCAGGGACCCGGCCACGCUGGAGACCUACCCCGGGCUAGUGGUCGGGGAGAUGGGCGAGAAAAUCGGCGUUAAUGGAAUCGAUAACGGUUUCAUAAUGUUCAACCAGUACAGGAUACCCAGGGAAAACCUGCUCAACCGGACCGCUGACGUCACCGAGGAUGGCGUCUACGAGAGCUCCUUCUCCGACCCCUCGAGGAUACUCGGAGCGGCUCUCGAAAAUCUAUCUGCAGGUCGGAUCGGUAUAAUGCAGGAGAGCUGCCACUCGAUGUCAAGUGCCGUCGCCAUCGCCGUGCGCUACGCCGCCACCAGGACCCAGUUCGGCGAGCGAUGCCGGGAGAUACCACUCAUUGAGUACCAGCUCCAUCAAUGGCGUCUGUUCGGGUACGUGGCGGCCGCGGUCGUCUUCCGAGUCUACAUUGAGAGCUUCACGCGCGUGUACCUCGACAUUGUAGAGAAAUCGAAUGCCGGCAUCAAGGUGGACAACUUGAGCGAGGCGGUGUCGGAGAUCCACGCCAUGGUGUCCUGCUGCAAGCCGCUGCUCACGUGGAGCGUGCUGGCCGCCGCGCAGGAGUGCCGCGAGGCCUGCGGGGGACACGGCUUCCUCAAGGCCUCGAACCUCGGCGACAUCCGCAGCAACCACGAGCCCACGGUCACGUACGAGGGCGACAACAACGUGCUGUCGCAGCAGGCCGGCAACUGGCUGUUGCGACAAUACCACAGCGCCACCACCGCCGGCUCCGUCGACUCCCCCCUCGGGACCGUGCUCUUCCUCACCGACCUCACCGAGAUACUCAAACAGAAGUUCAUUCCCGACACUGCGGUCAAAUCGGAACACUUCCUGAUGUCAACAUACAAAUGGCUGAUCUGCUACGUGCUGAAGCAAACCCAUCAGAAGUACGAGUCGGAGCUGGACAAGGGCCUCAGCAAGUUCGAGGCCCGCGCCAAGUGCCAGGUCUACAAGUGGAAGACGUUAACCACGCUGUACGCCGAGUACUUGGCGCUGCUGUUCUUCCUUGAGGAGCUCCAGAAGAAGGAUGAAGAGCUCCAGCCGGUUUUGAGGAAGCUGUUCCUGCUGUACGGGCUGUGGUCGCUGGACGGUCACCUGGUGGAGUUGUACCAGGGCGGGUUUGCGGAGGGGGAGGACUGUGCGGGUGCAGUGCGCGACGCCGUGCUGCAGCUGUGCGCGGAGCUGGAGGGGGAGGUGGUGGGGGUGGUGGACGCGCUCGCACCCACCGACUUCGUGCUCAACUCCGUACUGGGGAACAGCGACGGGAAUCUUUACCAGAACCUACAGAAAACUCUGUUCAGUAAUCCUGGUGCCUUCGAACGAGCAAGAUGGUGGCAGGAAGUGGUCAAUGUACCAAAAUCCAAACUAUAACGACAACCAAUACCAAUAUUAAUAGUUUGAAAUAUGAUCGAAAUUAAAUUAUCGACUCUUAAGAUCUUAUAUAGUUAAUGUCGUGACGAGAUCAUCGUACGAGAUUUUUAUAUUAUUAUCUUUUUUAAACACUAGCAAAUGUGUAAAAUAAUAUGUUUUUUAAUUAUAUUUUCGUGUACAAAAAUAUUAACUGUAAUUAUGAUAGUAUUUAUGUUCCGAUAGAUCCUCAAUGCUAAUUAAAAGCACAAAGCAAGUAUGCUUAAAUAAUAAUAAGCUUUUAUAUCGAAUAAAGAAUGGACAUUUGUGAGAGGUCAACGAACCAUUAAGAACAUUUUAUAAUACAAAGAAUUUAAGAAAUAUGCAUUUAUUUACACAUGUAAUGUAAGGUUGUUGACGUCAUAUAUAUCUAAGUACGUGCAUGCCAGGAAAACGUUCCCGAAGAAGAUAGAAGUGAUUAUAUUUACAAUUUAAAUUACUAAAGCAAACUUAUUGUUCCAAAGAAUUCAGAGAGCAAUGUAGGAUGAACAAUAAUUCGUGGGUCAAUAACCGUGGGUAUUGUUAAGCUGUUUAAAAAUUGUUGGCUCCGUAAUUUAUAUAAGUGUGAUGCUGUCUGGCAAAAACGUAAAUACAGUCCGUAAAUGCAACCAACCGUGAGGAAGAUAACUAUGGCCCUUGUUUCCGUUCUCGGCGGGGAUUCCCUGCGUAGUGUGCUCAUCAGUGUGCUUAGUGCGAGUUUUCUAACGUUCUCGAUAGCGUAAAAGUUAGGUCAUGUUUGUUGUUCCAACUACAUACAAAAUUGGGCUAACUCGUACGCUAUCGAAUACGUUAAAAAACUCGCAAUAAGCACACUGGCAUGCCAUUCACAUCAAAAGUCGUCCGUUUAGUGUCAAACUGGGUGGGGGGUGGGGGGUAACGGUUGUGUAAUAUAUACAGGAACUAAAAUGAUUGUAAUUACGUAUUAUUUUCUUCCUCCUUACUAGAAGAUUUGUUUGCUAUGGUUAAAUGGCCAGAUCAAAAAUCGAUGCUAAUAAGAAAUAUUUUGAGGCUUCCGAUUUUUGCGUUAUUUUUUGUCAAUGUAGUCAAUAGUUAAGAUGAAUCUAGCGAAAUCUAAUUGCUAGUCAUUACGGUGACGGAGCACUCUCGGAACUGUCCAUUGGCAUCAGUACAUUUCGUAAUUAAAGGUCUGUUAAGUUGGUAUUAGCAUCAACAAUUCGAUGUUGUUAAUUGAAUUUCAAUUAUGUUUACUCCAUUCUAAUAGCUGAAGAGGUUUCUUUGUUAUAAUAUUUUUUCCAAAUUUUAAACUUUAAAUGGCUCUCCUGUAAAGUUGCAAAAAUGUCGCUAAAACCAAAGAGCCUUUCACUCCUCGAUAUGAGUCUAGGUUUAAUUUGUACGUUUUAAAAAUUUCUUUACAAUUAAAUCGCGUAUUUUCAAAGUCGGGUUGACACUUUAUCGAAUCGCUCUAUUACUUGCAUUCCAUAUUUUUGUGGUAACAAUUAUUAUUUUAACAAAUAACAACCAUUUAUACAAUGUUACCUUAUUUUAGUAGUAAUUACAAUUGUAUCCGUGGCCACUUUGUAAACAGUGAUAAGUACCAAUUUGUGAAUCUGGGAAAUAAUAUUUGAAAUAUUCUCUACGGUCAGAUGCUAAUAUUGUUAAAAAUAAAAAAUGGUGCGCGUGCAAAUUGAUGCACGUGAAACUUCUUUUGCGAUGUGUAGUAUUGUGGUUCUCUUUAUUUUUCAUCAUUAAAUCAAAUUUCUUUUGUAAUAGGGAAUGCUGUGUAUAAGAAAAACGACCUAGCUCACUUUGUCUUUUCCCUCUCUCCACGGUCGAGUGGUUCGCGAGACGCUGUCUAUUUUCUCACUCUCGCUCGUCCUAAAUUCAAUCUUUUCUCUCUAACCGUAACGAAUCGGCCGUGAGUUAAAUUAUAUUCUUAACGCGCCUAAAGAAGUUUCCCUUCAAAAUGUUUAUUAAUCAUUAAAGAUCGCCAAGCUAAACUACAAUUUUAUUUAUAAGUUUAUAAUCAAUUUAAUUUUUUAAAGUUUCAACAGUAAACUUUUACUACAUUGGAUAUAUCGCUGUUCGAGCAGUGACCACACAUGGGGAAAUGUAAUUUCAUUUUUAUAUUCAAAUAUUUUGUUAUAAAAAAAAUUUAAGUUUUUUUGUUGUUUUAAAUUCGGCAUGAAAGGAAAAUUAUUUUAUUAAAUUUAAAUGGUGAUACCUCAAGCAAUUAACGAAAGAUCGUCACUGGGUAAUUUAUAUUAACGGAUCUGUAACGAUUAUUAUUUUGGACAACGAGGAAUUUGAAGAUAUUUUACGAUGUGAUUUACCAAUUUUAAAAUUUUUAUCUGUUUAUUAACAAAAAUUCAUGUUCAACAGCGGAAUUAUUAUUAAAGGUUUUUAUCGAAUUAUCUAAAGAUAAUAAUAAAAGUAAAUCGGUUGUUUGCUUAGAUUCUAUAACAUAUGGUAUUUAUAAUUAAAAUGUUUUUUUUUUAAUUUUAUAUAAAUGUAUGUGUAUUUAAUUUUUUUUAUCGAUAAUUAUCGUGGAAGACUUACCGUUGCUGCGUCAACUGCAUUUAACAGAGACUAUGUUAUCUUCUGUAAAGUUGCAUAAAUGUCGUUGAAACCAAAUAGUCUUUCACUGGUCGAUGUAAUAGCAUAGGUAGGACCUGUCUGGUCACGUUCGAUGUUGAAUAGUCUGUAGCAUUUGUUCAAUUUUUAUAUUUAUUUUCAUAUCAUAUUUUACUGCAACUGACUAAUUUUUCCAUCGUGUAACAAGUUUAAUGAAUAAUAAAUUCUUUGAAAUGUCUGUGCUUGAACACUGCGUGUCACUCAGUCAACUACUUUCAUCUUUUAUUGGAACUUAAAUAAUGUAAUUUUCUUUGUAUACUUAUUUCAAUAACAUUUUAAUUUAUAUCAAAUCCUCGUUUGUAAUUUGUGUAGUAGUGUUCUGUAAAUACAGGUCAAAUCGUUUCUCAGACACGCCAGCUCUGCACAAUAUUCGUUUAAAUACAUUGUUAAUAAGUGAUUUUUAAUCAACAUUGAAGCAGACAUUUUUCUGAGGUCAUUCCAUUAUGGUCAAACCAAAACUAUUCCCCGUCAAAUACCAUUUGACAUCCUUAAUUUUUACGACACUAUUAGCUGAGAGUAAUUCUUAUCGUUUUUACGUAAACGGGUAGACGAGCUGACGGCCCUCCUGAUUGUAAGCGGUACCGACGUUUCGCCCGGGCACUCGCGGCUGAUAAGCUACGAAUGUGUAAUGGAUUUAUUUGUUUUCCCUGUAAAUUGUAUGUAGACUUAAGAAUAAAUUGGAGUUGUAUCACUUGUAGAAGUGCCUUCUUCUUGUUAUGUGUUUAACUAUGUAGAAAUGUUGAAUUUUGUAAAUUAAGAAUAAUAAAAUUUAUUAUUGUA